AUGUCCGACAUUUCCGGCUACGAAACGAUCAUCGUUCCCAACACUGGCCAUAGGCUGGCAGUGACCUUCGUUCCUGGUUCUUGCCUACAGGCGGAUGUUUUCCGUUUCGGGCUCGAUACACAGAUCUUUCGUCGGGAGGGCCGAAAGAUUCAAGUUAGUAAUGGGAAGUGGGCAAAAUUUGGGUAUUACGACCAUCAGAUAGAUUACACCAAUAACAAGGAGGAUGCGGUCGAGUGGAAUAUUGUAGAAACCGGCGCAGGCAGUCUGAUUAAAGAUAAUCGUGGAAGGGCUUGGACUUUUGAUCUUACAAAGGAUUCUCACCGUGUACCAAUAAUCCUGGAUAACGUGCGGGAGCCCGAAAAUGGAUUACCAACGAAACUGCAGGAGUUUCACAUUAUUACUGGCAUCCCCCCUCCACCCCCUGACAUACAAAAGAAGCGUCUUGGGGAGGUUCCCCAGGUCCUUGAAGGAACAGUCGAUAUUACUGGAGCGAACAAACCGGAGAAACGCGAGGGUAAGACGCCACCUCCUCGACUGGAGAUUGAGGAGUUUCGUAAGGACAAGCGGUUCUUUGCUUUGUACAUUCAGGCUUUGAUCGAAGUGAAAAAGUUGCCGGAAAGCCUCAUUACGUCGUAUUAUCAGAUUAGCUCGCUUCACGGGCUUCCUCUUAUUCUUUGGAACAAUGCCCCAGGCACAGGUGUCUACUGCCAGCACGCCUCACCCCUCUUCCCGACCUGGCAUAGACCUUACGUUGCUCUCUUCGAGCAAGUCAUCCAGGAGCGUGCUAUCAAGAUAGCAAACAGAUAUGCUGGCACAGACAAACAGAAAUGGGUACGAGCAGCAGAGGAUCUACGCCAGCCUUACUGGGACUGGGCCAAGGAGCGGGAUCCGUCGUUCCUCAACAUUUUUUUCUCUACACAGACUUUCGAUAUUGAAACGCCGGAGGGGAGCAAGCACUUGCAAAACCCUUUCCUUUAUUAUCAGUUCGACUCCCGUUUCUCGAAGAGCAGCUUUCCCGCCGAGUACCAGGGUUUCGACAGAACCCUUAGGCAUCCAUAUAGCAGAGAUUCGGCAGAAUCCAUCAAGAGGCGAGCCAAGAAAAAACCAUCCGGUUCUAAACUAAUGUUGCUUAUGAUUCCCAGUUCCUUCAAAGCCGCACAGAAACAACUUACACAACAAGGCAAAAAGCGGGGGGGUCGUAAGGGAGGUACAAGCAGUCUGGAGGCGGUGCACGACACUAUCCACAACAUAGUGGGAUUCAACGGCCAUUUCAAUAGCGGUCUGGGAGCUUUUGAUCCCUUGUUCUUCCUUCAUCACUCCCAAGUCGAUAGGUUGUUGUCUCUGUGGAGUACGCUUCAUCCGGACGUAUGGGUUCAUGAAAACGAACCAACAGGUUCUGAAGGCUCACCACCUCCAGCUCUUUACCCAUUCCGGAAGCCCAAGGACGAGGGCGAGGACACGGACAAAUGGUGGACUUCGGCUGAAAUUCGUUCUCAUGAAACGUUCAAUCACACCUAUCCGGAAUAUCUAGACAAGAAUGGCGGCCUCGUGCCCAAUGACAAACUCAAGGCGCACAUUCGAACGGAAGUCGACAAAUUAUAUGGAAAGUACUCAAUCUUCGGCGACGAGCCCACCGGAGAGACGCGGUCCGCUCUGUCGUGGUCCGUUCGCAUUCUGUCAAAGCGCUUCGUGAUCGACAAGAGUUUCUCUGUAUUCGUCUUCCUCGAAGAAUAUCCAAAGACAAUUGCCGAAUGGAGGAAGAAGGCUGUUGGUACCCACGAUGUUUUCAUCAACUACAGCGCGCGCAACCAGUGCCCAAAUUGCGACAGUCGCGCAGAACAAGACAUUGAAGGCUAUGUACACUUGACCUCCGAGCUUCAAGACCUUCAAAAAAAGAAAGCAUUGGGGCUGAGCGAAAGCGACGUGGUCAAUCACUUGAAGGAAAAGCUGUACCUUGGUAUACUGAAGGUGAUCACUUCACUCACGGUCGAUCAAAUGUCAACAGAGCAUUUAUGCUAA